GAUGCUCGAUGUUACACGAGUCGUUUUUUCAAUGGCCGCCAAUUCGUUAUUUAUUGGAAUUAUUAUUGGAAUUACUGAAGCCCAUAAAGUGGAACAAUUAAGGAAUUGAUUAAUUUGAAAAUGGGAAAGCAAUUUCUGUCGGAGGAGCAGCAGAACUUCCUGGAGAGCUGCGAGGAGGAAUUCAAGAAUCGAUUCACCGAUGAUGAUCCUGAUUUUGUAAAAUUCGUGGAGACAGAGAGGCAGAAGCCCCCGAUCGUCGAUCCCUGGUACAAUAAACCCAGGAGACCCCAGUUCGACUGGAGACAGGGUAGACGAAGAGACUACGACAGGAGAAACAACGAGAGGUCUGAAAAGAAUGACAGGUACAGUGGAAGACAUCAAUCCCAUCAACGCAGGUUCAGACCUUUCUGAAGACUUCGAAAAUUCAUCGCUUCCCUUUCUACCAAUACCAGACAUUUUAAACUAAAAAAAAAACCCUUUCAGACCCCAAAAUCAAUUUUUAA